AUGGGUGGAGAAAAUCAGUCUGCAGUAUCAGAAUUUGUGCUUCUGGGACUCUGUCACUCAUGGAAUACUCAGAUAUUACUCUUUGUAAUAUUUUUGGUGCUUUAUCUCAUCAUUGUUCCUGGAAAUAUUGUCAUUGUGACCUCAAUCAUAACUGACCCUCAUCUCUAUUCCCCUAUGUAUUUUUUGUUAGCUAACUUGUCCUUUGUUGACAUGUGGCUUUCCUCAAUUACCACUCCUAAGAUGAUCAUAGACUUUCUCAGAGAGGACAAGACCAUUUCCUUUGGUGGCUGCAUGUCCCAGGUCUUCCUUGCCCAAUUAAUUGCAGCACUUGAGAUGGUGCUCCUGGUGGUCAUGGCCUAUGACCGCUAUGUGGCCAUCUGCAAACCACUUCACUACUUCACCAUUAUGAGCCUACAAAAGUGCAUUGGGCUGGUGGUGACCGCCUGGACCAUUGGCUUUGUGCAUGCCCUGAGCCAAGUGGUUGUCAUUGUGCACUUGCCUUUCUGUGGCCCCAGGGAAGUGGACAGCUUCUUCUGUGAUAGACCACUGGUAGUCAAGCUCGCCUGCAUGGAUCGCCAUAAUAUAGAAAUUUUCAUGAAUAUUAACUGUGGGUUUGUGGCUAUAACUUCCUUUGUUAUGCUACUGAUAUCCUACACACAUAUUCUUAUCACAGUAAGCAAAAGCUCUAAAACUGGUGCAUCUAAGGCCCUGUCCACAUGCAGUGCCCACAUCGCAGUGGUGGUGCUUUUCUUUGGGCUUUGCAUCUUCCUCUACGUGUGGCCACUCAGCAUCACCUGGAUGGACAAAUUUCUUGCUGUGUUUUAUUCUGUAUUUACUCCUCUCCUCAAUCCAGUCAUUUAUACACUGAGAAACAAAGAGAUGAAAAAUGCUAUGAAGAGAUUCAGAAGCUACUACAUAGAUUGCAAGAGAAACACUUAA